AAAUGACGUAUAUAUUCAACUACGUUGUUUAAUUCGUCCACGGUUUAAAUUAUAGUAUACAUUUUUACGUUUACCUUAGCAUUAAUUUGAAGAUAAUUGAUAAUAUUAUAAAAAAUUAAAAUAAUUGAAAAUUGAUAUAUUAUGAGGCAUAAUUUUUUGUUCACGUUCAAAAUCAAAAUUCGAUGAAAGUAGGUGUAUGCAUGCGCAAUUGCUCUGAAAAAAGCUGCAUUUUGUGAGCUAUGAAUAUUGCUCUAAAAUCAGUAGCUCCAAAAAAUUGUUACACGACCAGCCAAGCAAUUCGGCGCUACAUGCAGCCGCAUACUAUCUCCCAGCCGCCGCCGGACCUCGUCGCCGCCAACAAUGCCAUCAACGCACAUGCUAAGCGCGGCGACUUACAUGUUGCCCACCAGCUGUUCGCUGAAAUGCCUCACAGAAAUAUAUAUUCUUGGACGAUACUCAUCUCUGGCUACGCACAGCGCGGCAAAAUGGAGCACUGCUUCCGUCUCUUCUCUCAAAUGCUGUCCCAUCAUAGACCCAACGAGUUCGCCUACGCCAGCUUGCUGUCCGUCUGCGAUCACUGCCACGGCUUGCAAGUUCAUGGGCUUGCCUUCAAAACCGGUUUCGAUGCUUGGAUUUAUGUCGCUAACGCUCUGAUCGCAUUGUACUGGAAGAAUAUUCGCUGCAGCGCCGGAGUCGAGGCGUGGAGGGUGUUUGAAGGAAUGAAUUUCAGAAAUCUCGUUACCUAUAACUCCAUGAUCAAAGGACUUGGGAUGCACCAUCGAGGCCAUGAAGCUAUGGUUUUGUUUGUGAGAAUGCUUUGUGAUGAUGGACUUGAGUUCGACCGCACUACGCUCUUAACUUUGAUAUCUUCUCUCUCUGUAGGCAGUGAGAAUGCUAUGGGGCUAAAGUGUUGUUUGCAGUUGCAGUCUGCCAGCAUUAAAACGGCUUUGAACUUGGAUGUUGGGGUGGCGACCUCACUCAUCAAAUGCUAUUCAACUCUUUCUGGAGAUGUUGGUGCUUGUCGUAAGCUCUUCUUGGAGACGAGUGUUGUGGAUCGCGACAUUGUUAUGUGGACUGGUGUUAUGGCUGCAUCUGUUGAAAGGGACCCUGCUCAAGUUGUAGUCCUUUUCAACCAGAUGCGUUGGGAGGAUGAUUUGUAUCCGGAUUGCUACGUAUUCACCGUGUUGUUAAAAGCUUGUGCGAAUCUGGUGACGGAGAGUGCUGCCGCUGCAGUGCAUGGUCAGGUAGUCAGAGCAGGUUUUCUAAAUGGAAUUGAGCUUGAUAAUGCUUUGAUUCAUGCUUAUUCCAGGUGUGGUUCCGUUGAUAACGCUGAGCGAGUUUUCCACGACAUGUCAUCAAGGGAUGUUGUCUCUUGGAAUUCAAUGUUGAAGGCUUAUGCUGUGCAUGGAAAGGCUGAGACAGCUUUGGAUUUGUUCGCACAGAUGGAUGUUGCACCGGAUGAAGCAACUUUGGUCGCGCUUCUGACAUCUUGCAGUCAUGCCGGGAUGGUGAAGGAAGGGAUUGAGAUGUUUGAUACCAUGCGCGAGAGAUAUGGUAUAGCUCCUCAACUUGAUCAUUAUGCUUGUAUGGUUGAUAUUCUAGGGAGAUCUGGCCGUUUAUCGGAGGCUGAAAACAUCAUAAGAAAUAUGCCUAUGCAACCGGAUUGUGUUAUCUGGAGUGCUUUUCUAGGAGGAUGUAGGAAACAUGGAGAAACAGAGGCAGCCGAGUUAGCAUCACAAAAGUUGCAGGAAUUGGAUCCGGACAAUUCAUUAGGAUAUGUUAUGAUCUCAAAUAUCUACUGCUCAGCUAAUAGCUUUGGUGAAGGAGGCUUGAUAAGAAAGAAAAUGGAUAAAGCCGGUGUUAGGAAGGAGCCCGGUCUGAGCUGGACAGAAGUCGGGCAUGGAUUGCACGAAUUUGCUUCUGGGGGGCAGCGGCACCCACAAAUAAAAGAAAUAGGCAGCUAUUUGGAUGGGCUACUGAGGCAGUUGAAGGAAAUAGGUUAUGUUCCAGACACCAGCUCAGUCUUGUUUGAUGUAGAAGAAGAGCAUAAGGAGGAGCAACUGUAUCUUCACAGCGAAAAGCUGGCGCUGGUUUUCUCUUUGAUGAAUGGUGGUGAUUCGAGUUGCAGAGUUAUUAAGAUAAUAAAGAACAUACGCAUUUGUUUGGACUGCCAUAACUUCAUGAAAUUAGCAUCAAAGCUUCUUGGCAAGUCCAUUGUUGUCAGAGAUACUAAUCGAUUUCAUCAUUUUAGAGACGGAGCUUGCUCUUGCAAUGACUAUUGGUGACUGCCUCUUAGUUUCUUGGUUGCAAGGAUGGUAAAAUUUCAAUUCAUAUCGUGUUAAUGGUUACAAAAUAUGGUAUGAUAUAACUAGAAUAUUGUUGAGAAAAAUGCUAUGCUGCUUGCUAGUUCCUGCAGAGAAUUUGGCUACAAACAAAGCGGCAACAAUGCAUUGAUAAAUGGAGCAAAGAGAAGAUUUAUUACAGCCACGUUUAUUUGAAACAAAAGAUUAUGUGGCUGCAGUUGCAGACUAUUUAUUUGACCACAGAGCAAUCACUCUACAAUCUUGGCAUUGAUCUUGCAGUGGAAUUUACGGCAUUUGAAGACGCAGUCGGUCAUCCUCUUCUCAUCUGCAACAGCAAAUGACAGUUUACACGAUGCAAGAAUCCGAAAACUGGAGAAAUGGGAGAGUAGAAAGUGCAUACCACUAGUGAACUUGGCACAUUGAUCGAGCAUACAUCCGAGGCUACAAUAAUGCUGUUUGGUGGAGGUGUCGGGAGGGAGACAAUGCACCGGGCAGUAUUUGAUGCAGGCUGCAACACCAAUGCCGCUUGAUUUGCACUCUUUCAGGCAACGGUCGAUGCAGGCUCCGGGGGGCAAGUGAGCCAUCGUUGGGCCAACAUUGAGCAAUGCCAUCACCACCAUCAUCAGCCCCACAAUCGUUUGAAUGCCUUUCCUGCCCAUGGCUGCUGUGUUUUCUCUGCACAGAAUAAUAAUAAUACCUAAUCAAAUCUUGAUGCAGAGGAGGCGGGGCUACGACGCCUUUUAUACAGCCCAUGUACAUAACAUUAGUGUGUGAAUGUUGCAGUUGCUUCAUUUACCUCGUGUGACUGCACCUCCAUUAACUUGUGACCAGUGGAACAACGCUCUGUUUCUUAACUACUUGCUUUUGUGUUUUAUUUAGAUUAAGAAUUCCAUCAAUAUUUGAAAUAUCGCCUUAUAUUU